CAAACUGGGGAGAUGCAGCAGCAGAGAGCGUUGCUGUUGGCGAAACGUUUCCUCUCCAACGGCCGUGUAAGCCGGUUCUCCAGCUCCAGGGCCGUCUCUACAACCACCCAAUGUCGCUGGAGCGGCGAUGGAGACGGCAAGGAAGAGCAGAAGGUGUCUCCGGACUCGUUUCAGAGAGCCAAACGAGGCGCCUUCUUCCAGCCGCGGCCUCAACUCUACAACACGUUCGUGGAGGACGUGUUUCUGAGGCAAUACCUCCAGCGAGUCAUGCCGGUUGAGGUGUGUGAGGAGGUGUUUGCUGACCUGGAGAGGAAGUACAAUGCGUGGGGAGAGAAAGUCGACGAACUGGUGACGUCCUCUGCCUGGCGCACUCUCCAUGACAUCGCCGCAGAAGAGGGAAUGGUGGCCAUUGCCUACGAGAGGAAACAUGCACAGUGGAGUCGACUGCACCAGGUUGCCAAGACCAUACUGUGGGGUCCGUCAUCGGCUCUCUACUCCUGCCCCAUCGCCAUGACUGACGGAGCUGCCAUGCUCAUCGAGUCCAGUGGGUUGACACAAGAGCUGCCACAGCUGGGAAAGGCCUUCGCUAGACUCACCACCAGGGACCCCACCAACUUCUGGACCUCUGGCCAGUGGAUGACGGAGCGCCGAGGAGGCUCCGACGUGGGGCAGAGUACUGACACAGUGGCGGUUCCACAGGAGGAUGGCUCUUACAGACUGUAUGGCUACAAGUGGUUCACGUCAGCCACUGAUGCAGACAUUGCCUUCACUCUUGCCAGAGUCCAGGACCCCCAGGGACUAGUAACACCUGUAUGACCACCCACCUGUACAUUCACUUAUGUGUAUACACACACUAUCGAAGGGAAUGAAAAAUGGACAUUUGGUGGAAAAUUGAAAUGUCAUGUUGAUUUCAUAUCCUGCCAUGCAACAUACAAACCCUGUGUUUUAUUAGUUUACCCUGAAACUUGAAAUUCAUGAACUUCUCUUCUCCUCGCUGCACUGCACAGGGCAGUAGAGGGUUGUCUCUAUUCUACCUGGAGACACGGCUGGGCGGCGGAGCUCACAACAGUCUGGAGCUGGUGAGACUCAAAGACAAAUUGGGCACCAGGCAGCUGCCGACUGCCGAGGUCUUACUGGACGGAUCUACAGCUCAUCUCGUAGGGACGGAGGGAAGGGGUGUGGCCACCAUCUCACCGAUGCUGACAGUCACGCGACUCCACAACAGCAUCAUCUCGGCGGCCUACAUGAGGCGGAUCCUCCAGCUAUCAAGAGACUACUCCACUCGGAGGACCGUGGUUGGGAAGUACCUCGCGGAGCAGCCUCUCCAUAUGCACACCUUGGCCCAGAUGGAGGUGGAGACAAGAGGCUGUACUCUGCUGGGCCUGGAGACAGCUAGACUGGUGGGACUAAAGGAGGCUGGACUGGCUACCAAAUCCGACACGUUGCUUCUCCGACUACUCAACUCCAUCAACAAACUAUACACUGCCAAACAGGUGGAGGAUAACCCAUAUACACUGCUCAUGAAUAAUGUAUGAGCCAUGGAAAACAUUGCCACUUGCCUAAGCACGAGAGAUGUCAAAACUAGUCCUCUAGAAUAGUGCAAACGUGUCUGUGACUAUUGGUUCCUGAAUCAUUUCUGAAUUGUGUAUUUGUUGUAGGCUGUGGCAGUUAUUUCUGAAGGUCUGGAGAGCUUUGGAGGUGCUGGUUACCUGGAGGACACGGGUCUCCCUGUGCUGCUCAGAGAUGCCCAGGUGGGCACUAUUUGGGAAGGAACAACAAAUGUUCUGAGUCUUGAUCUCCUGAGAGUCCUGCAGAAAGUCGGUCCGGAAAUACUUGAAGUGGUGACUGACACGGUCAAGUCUCGUCUCUCUCGUCUUCCUCUCGCUCGCUGUCAACUCGAGAGCGAGGCCGACCUGAUCCGAGACAGGAUGCAGGACGUGGUGACCUUUGUCCUCCGAGCGAUGGGGGAGGAGCCGCAGUGUCUGGAGGUAGCGGCCAGGGAUCUCGCUCUCUCCUUGGCACACGUCUACAUCAGUGAGACAACCACACCCACAAUCAGGAAACCGUGUUGAGAUGAAAAAUUUCAGAGCCAACUAUGAAAGAGAAUUUCCAUUGCAUUCUAAAUCUUUCUCUGCAGGCUCUAGUUUCCACAGAAUAACUGCGUGGUAGAACUGGUCUUGUGAACCAACUGGUGUUUGAUUACUUGUGGUGUGCUCACACAUCAUAAUUACUGUUUCGCAGACUCUCAUGAAAAGCUAAUAGGCAGUGUACUUGUAAUGUUCUUGUUGAAGCUAGUGUGGCAGGCCCCGGACUCAAUGUAUUGAUGUCAGCUGAUGUCCCGUACAGGUAUGUUACUGGUGGAGCAGGCCUGCUCCGACAGAGCCAGCCCCAGCGAUAGAGUGACUGCUGAGAGGUGUGUGUUAACGUACUAUACUCUUAUGACGGUUUGUUACAUCACAACAGAUGGUGUUCACGGUCGCUACAACUCAGUCCACUCACCAGCUACACCAAGUCCCAGACUGCAGCAGAUCUGUCGAUGGUAAUGGACGGACACAGACUCUCUCAUAGCAUCCAACCCCAGCACUCAUUGUAGCUGAUCUCGAUUUGGACACUGCCACUUAAAGCUUCGCGCAGUUCCUCACUUUUGAUUACAACAGAAUUGUCUCUGUUUUUUUCUGUUGAUAUAAUUUCCCGUGUCGCAAUUGACUUCAUUUGGACCAUUAAUUUUUUAAGAUU